AUGGAUUUUAAAUAUUUUAUACACAAUUUACCGGACCAGGCUUCGGAACCCAGGUCCCACUCCGAGGGUGCGACAACCCUCGACGUAGUACCGCCGCCGCCGCCGCCGCCACCACCACCACUGUGGCCCACUGUUACAGUGCUGCAAGCGGCAGAGGAGAGCAGCGACGAAUUAGUACCGCCGCCGCUGCCGCCACCACCACCAUCACUGUGGCCCACUGUUACAGUGGUACAAGCGGCAGAGGAGAGCAGCGACGACGAUAGACUCGUCCGUAUUAUUCCUGGAGCGUCCGACGAAGCUGCAUCAACGUCGGCCCAGGAGACAGAGCAGAUGGUGAUAAAACCCUGCUCUGUCAGAUUGACGAGAUUAUUGACGCUGCCACGACCACCAUCACCAUCAUCACCAUCAUCGUCGUCGUCGUCCUCGUUCUCGGACGCCUCCUCCUCGCCUUGGCCGUCCCGAUAUCGCGGCCCCAGAAGACCACUCUCUUCCUCGGAGAGCUCGAUCGAGGAGACAGAGCAGAUCGCAAUAAAACCCUGCUCUGUCAAAUUACUAAAAAUGCAGCCACCACCACCGACGCUGCUGCUGCCACCGUCACCACCUCCGUCGCCGGUACUUGGCACAAGGCCAAGGUGCAGAGUACGUCGCGAGAGACUGCCGCGAUCACCGUCACCACCUCCGUCGCCGGUACUUGGCACAAGGCCAAGGUGCAGAGUACGUCGCGAGAGACUGCCGCGAUCACCGUCACCGGCACCACCGUCACCGGCGCCACCGUCACCGGCGCCACCAUCGCCUGCACCACCACCACCCGUGCACCCGUUGGAUCUGCUCGAUCCGACGGUGUUCGCCGUCCCGCGCGACCAAGAGACGGAUAUGUUCACAAGCGACAUCGAUUCCGUACUCGUGUGCACGAUGCAUCUUGUGCGUACUCGUGUGACUAUGGAACCGUUUGUCUGCAAGGUGAUGACAAAGUUUGAAGUCUGUCCGCGUGACGUAGUACGCUGCUCGAAUGCAAAAUUAACUGCAUAUCUGAAUCAUCGGCAAGAUUUCGGCGGUCUGCAAAAACCAGCGUUUAGUACCGUCGUCGACAGAAUAGAUCCGACGUAG